ACACAAACAAACCAGGACUGGUGCUGCUGUCGGGCGAGGAAGGCUGUGUGCAAGUGAGAGCUGUAGGCGAGACCCCCAGGGCUGUGCUGGAUCAUGUUUGCCUGUCGCUUACCCUGGCGGAGAUCCAGUGUCACGUGCAAGUUGUGGCAAUCGGGUCACUUUCUGCCUUGGGGCCGGUGCCAAAUGCUGAGUAUUAAAGGAAUCAACACCACCGUGGGGCAGGAGCAACAGGCCAGCAUGAAGGAAAAACAAGUGUCAGAAGAUUUGGAAAUGCGCCUCCCAAGGAGAGAUGCAGAGGUCCUCUUCCAAGAGCAGCCUGAGACUGGGAACCAGUACUUGGAAGACACUUUGCUUCGGAGUUACUUGAAAACACACCUUCCUCCCAAGGUCCUAGAGGAGGUGCAUCAGGACCUGGAGAGGUUUGGAAACCGCCUGCUGACCAAGAUCCAACCUCUGAGUUGGGAAUGUGAGCUGAACCCCCCUGUGUUCCAGCAGUACAAUGCCUGGGGGCAGCGCGUGGAUCACAUCCACACCUGCUCAGCAUGGAGGAGGAUGAAGGAGAUUUCAGCAGAGGAAGGGCUGAUUGCUGAGGCCUAUGAGAAAAGAUACUCCAACUGGAGCCGCCUGUACCAGGCUGUCAAACUGUACUUGUUCUCAAGCUCCUCUGGAGGUUUCAGCUGUCCACUGGCCAUGACUGAUGGCGCAGCCAAAGUCAUUGAGUCACUGGGUAUUCCUGGAUCUCUGAAAAACGCUUUUGACCGUCUGACAUCCCGCGACCCUGAGAAGUUCUGGACCUCUGGCCAGUGGAUGACCGAGAGAAGGGGUGGCUCAGAUGUUGCAAACGGCACCGAGACCAUGGCCAGGAAGCAGCCAGAUGGCACCUAUCGUCUGUAUGGAUUUAAGUGGUUCACAUCAGCAGCUGAUUCUGAUAUGGCAUUAACCCUGGCCAGGAUAGCAGAUGCUGAAGGACAGUGUACCCAGGGCUCCAGAGGCCUGUCCCUGUUCUUCCUGAGGGUUCGGGAUGAGGAGGGGAAGCUGAACAACAUCGAGGUGCAAAGGCUGAAGGACAAGCUGGGCACGAGGCAAAUGGCAACAGCAGAGCUGUGGCUGCAAGGAGCCAGAGCAGAGCUGAUCUCUGCAGAGGGCCGUGGAGUGGCUGCCAUCUCCAACAUGCUGAACAUCACUCGGAUCCACAACGUCAUUGGUGCAGUGGCUUCCAUGAGAAGGAUGAUCAGUCUGAGCAGGGACUAUGCCUGCAAGCGCAUGGCCUUUGGGAAGCUCCUCAAGGACCAUCCCCUGCACAUGCAGACAAUAGCCCGGAUGGAGGUGCAGGUGAGAGGGGCGUUUCUGCUGCUCAUGGAGAUCGUUCGCCUGCUGGGCCUGGCUGAAACCAACCUGGCGAGUGAGCAGGAGCAGCUGCUGCUGAGGCUGCUCAUCCCAGUGGCCAAACUGUACACGGGGAAACAGGCUUCUGCCGUGGCUGUUGAGGCGAUGGAGAGUUUUGGGGGCCAAGGUUACAUGGAGGACACAGGCUUGCCAGUCAUACUCCGGGAUGCUCUGGUGCUGUCCAUAUGGGAGGGAACAACAAAUAUCCUGUCCCUGGAUGUGCUGCGAUCCCUCGCCAAGAGCCAAGGGCAGGCGAUGGCUGUGUUCCUGUCCACAGUGCAGAAAAAGCUGGAGCUGGCUUCAGGCACUGAGGAACUGUCCCCGGCCGUGCAGCGGGCACGGGAAGCCAUUGGGAGCCUCCGCCAGUUCCUGGCAGCCGCGGGCUCAGAGCGGGCACUGACCAUGGAGCUGGCAGCCAGGGACUUCUCCUACAGCCUGGCACGGAUCUACACAGGAGCUCUGUUAAUGGAACACGCGGCUCGGCCUGACGCUUCCCGCACAGACGUCUGCGCUGCCCUGAGGUGGUGCAACCAGGAGCUGUGUCCGGUGGCCGUGGAGUCAGGGAGGGGCAGCUACGAGGAGGGGGCAGCGCUCCAGGACAGCGCCCUGGUGCUCGGGAACAGCCGGCUCUGAGCGCCCGCCGCCACCGCACGGACACGGGAGCCGUUGGUUUCCACCCUGCACCUGCCACCACCACCCUCAGCUGUGCCCAGCUCUGAGCACUGACCCUGCCCGGGUGACAUCCCUCCUGCCCAGUGACUCCAGUGCCACCUCGCUCUGCCCUGUCCGGGAGGGGCACCUGGGACGAGAGGGGCGCUCAGUUCCCAGCGAUUCCUGACGCCGUUUGAGGACCGGCACAGGAGGUUGUUCCACAGCCCGGGGGCAGCACUGAAGCCGCCUAUCGCGACAGCAGCGCCGGUGUCCCGACAGGCUCGUGGGCUGUCCGGGAGUUGGGACAAAGGAGAGAGGGAAGGAAACUCCUUAGGAAGAAUUGAUCACGGGGAAAUGAGCUCUGACACCUUCAGCCGUGUCCUCCGCUGGCAGAGCUGCCGCCCCUGGCAGGAGCUCUUCUGCACCUUGGGGAAGCUCAGAACUUCUCUGAUCCCUCGGCCGGGGCAGACCCACACUCGGCAUUUCCCAGAUCAGAAACGCUUCCCGGCAGGGCUGUGCCCGGGGCUCGCAAUAUCUGCAGGACAAUGAGCCCCUGAGAAAGCCCUCAGGAGAAACUCGAGUACGAGAGGAGCUCCAGGAAAUCCCACUGUGAGGUGUAACUGAAACGCUUUGCGCGUUCCUUACACCACCAAACGCCAUUCCUGCUUCUUGUCUGCUCCAGAUCCCAUCAGUGGCUCUACCCCAACCUGGUUUAUUUUGAUUUAAUGAACACCAUCGAAUCACAGACGGAUUGUGCUCAAGGUCUUGUGAUGAAACAUCUGACCCCCAAGAACUCAGGGCAAAUCCUCAAAUAUGUAUGAGAAGAAAUAAAUGAUGGUGGAGGCCUGAGGGGACAGGACUGUGCACAGCUGGAAUGAGCAGGCAGUGCUUGGAAAAUGGGAAUAACCCUUGUGCAGGACCAACAUCAGUUGAGUUCUCCACUUUCUGGGACAAAGAGAUCUUAAACCUGAAUGAGUUUGGUUUGUUCCCAAAGAGCCACAGCUCCACCAUCCAGCGUUGGGAUAAGGCAGGUGCAAGUGGGAAUGGAGGUUCCACUGCCAAACCCUGCCACAAGCAGGGGGAAUUCCUGGAGAUCCAGGCUGCUCCUGCAUUUGGGUAACAUCACCAGACUGAGAUACCAUGGUUGGUCAAGGGGAAAAAGAAAAACAUGGCAUGGAGGGAGCUGAAACUCUGGCACCUUUCUCUG